GGCAAUUCAGUCUUCUUACUCAGAAUGUAGCAUUUAAUUGAACUUUGCUGUUGCUCGAUCUGCUAGCUCAGAGUCCCUUAUUGAUCCAAGUGGAACUCUGAGGGUAUAAUUCUGAACUCUGGAGAUGCUGCUGCUCAGGACUGAACUCCAAAUAUUGUGCUUAAUGAAAAAGACAAGGCAAGAUGCAUCAGGAUACAGACUUAAGGGCUCUGCUUUGGAAACAGCAUCACUUGAUCCAUCUACAAGCAUGAGGAAGUAGUCGGGAAGAUUUACUUGUUCUGCGGUCUCCCAUGUGACAACCGCACAUAAACAUUUAAUAAGAUCUACCAUGCAAACAGCUUUUUCUAGGAGGCUGGUUGUGAAGCUCUGCAGGAGAUCCACUCUCCUGUUCCUCCUGUUCUGGUUUGCAUGCUGGCUUCUUGUGAAUGCAUUUCUCUUUGUCCACCAACAAGUGUUUUCUGAAUAUUGCACUGAUGAGAAAAGCAGAAGGAUUCUGGAAAGAUUGUGUGCUGACUACAGGCAGGGGUACUUGAUGGGCGAUAUUUGUGAAGAUAUUUGUGUCACGCAGAAGGUUGUUUACAAAAACUGCCUCUAUUACAACAGAGGCAAGAGAGUCAUUGAAGCUGACUGGCAAGGUAGGACAAUUAUCCUCAAGUCAAAGUGGGAGAACUUUUCCAACUUUGAAAAGUUUGACCUUCUGGAUGACAUGGAGAUGCAGGAAAUUCCUGAUGCAGAUCUUCUGAUGUUUGUUGCUCUUGAACUUAAGAGCUUACUGGGGCUGGAACUUAAGAACACAACUGUGCCUCAUUUAAUAGCAAAACAACUUGCAGACAAGAACAAACAUUAUUCUAAAGCAGAACUGGAUAGCAUGUGGGCUUUGCUUCAGCAAGAGGAGUAUCUCUUCUUCAGAGUCCUUCAGGAUCUUAGCAAACAUGUUCUAGAAAUUGUAGGUUCUUGUGGACACUUCUAUGCUGUGCAGUAUCUAACAGCUGGACAUGCCUGGCAUCAGAACCUCUUUUCUUUGGAAGAUUUGAUUGGCUCUGACUCGGUGGACAACAGUGGCCAGCUCAUAUGGCAAGCAAUAAAUAGUGUUGCACUUAGCUUUUUAGAUAUGGUCAGACAGUUUGAUAAUGACUUUUCUUACCGGCUUCACCUCUGUGAUGUCAAACCAGAAAACUUUGGUAUCCAAAGGGAUUUUACAGUUGUUGCAAUUGAUGUCGAUAUGGCUUUUUUUGAACCCAAAAUGCAGGAUAUUCUUGAGCAAAGCUGCACUACUGAUGAGGACUGUAGUUUUUUUGAUUGCUUUUCCAAGUGUAACUUAAGAACCAAUAAGUGUGGGGCAGAAAGAGAAAAUACCAAUCUGCAAGUGAUCUGUGACAAAAUAUUUCGUCGCUGGUUUGCUCCAAGCCUGAUUGGACCCAGGGUGUCACUUCCUCUACAAAUCAAGCUGCAGCAGGCGGUGCAGAGGUGUGCCACCCCAUCAAAGGAGGAGAACAGGAAUAGAAAAGCUACUCAAAAUUCUCUUCUUGAACUUUAUGCCUUGCUGGAGGCCCACCAAAAGGAACUUCAGCAAUGAGCUUUCUGUUAAAGGAGAUAUGUGACCAAUAAGCUGAGCUUUCAUUAGCCAAAAAAUAUAUAAAUCUUAUGUAUCUUGUAAUGAUAUGUCAGUUUGUUUUACAAUAAAAUGCUAAUAUACUAAUAAAUAUAUCAAAUAUUUCAUUCA